CAUCUGACAGCACUUGGCUAGACACACACAGGAUUGCAGUUCCAGGUCAUUGCUGUAGACUUGUCAGUGUCUGAGAACUUGUGAUCCCCUUGAAAGACAUGAAUACCAUCCCAACAUCAUUUUCAAGCUACUUUCUGUAGUUGGAUUUUUUUUCUUUAGUUUGCCAAGCUUCCUUUGCAUUGCCAUCAAUGUCUGAAGAAAUUAUGUAUGCAGAUCUAAAAUUCCAGGACUCCAGUAAAACAGAAAAUGGCAAAUCUGGGAUAAAAGCGCCAGCCGCUCCUCCCCGCUCCUGGCAGUGCCGUGUGGUGGCUCUGGCUGUGUUCUGCCUUCUGCUGCUGGCUGGAUUGGGAAUCUUAGGAAGCAUGUUUUAUGGAACUUCUAAUAUGCAAAUGGGAAAACUGAACAAACUACAGAGCUUCAAAGAAGAACUUCAACGAAAUCUUUCUCUACAACUGAUAGAAAACAUGAAUAGUUCUGUGAAAAUCAGGAACCUCUCUAUCACGCUGCAAAAAAUGGCCACCAAAUUAUGCCAUCAACUAUAUAAAAAAUAUCCAGAACACAAAUGUAAACCUUGUCGAAAGAGGUGGUUGUGGCAUGAGGACAGCUGUUAUUUACUCAGUCAGCAGCGUGAAGAUUGGCAAACCAGUGAACAGGAAUGUCAGAAUCUAAAUGCCAGUCUGUUGAAGAUUAAGAACAAAAGCGUAUUGGAUUUUAUAAAAUCCCAGACGACUGACUUUUGGCUAGGAUUAUCUCCCAGAAAAAAUCAAGGAUCCUUUGAGAUGCUCAAAGAGAAAAUUUCCUCCUCUGACUGGUUCAUAAACAACACAAAUGGCUUCAGUGGCGAGAUGUACUGUGGAUACAGAUAUUCUGAGUAUGUUUAUUAUACGCUUUGCACUGAAAGGAAAAAAUUCAUAUGUGAGAAAUUGGCUAAUCGAGUGAAGAUUGAAAAUACGCUAAUAAAUGAAGAACCAGAUGGAUUUACAUAGUUAGUGCACUUAUUUUGUUUCAGUUAUUAUCCUGCAACUAAAAGCAACUUUAUGCAGCGCACCUCAUGUGGACCAGACAAGUGGAAUAAAGAUGCUGAUUGACUGACUUUCUGCCUCUCUCCUAACACUUCACGCUUUUCUAAAUUUCUUCUUUGUCCUCCUCUUAAGAGUAAAAGGAAAUUCUGAGAAAAUUCUUUAACAGCUAGACACAGACAUAUUGCUGAGCAUAAAUACAGAAUUUUGGUUGAAAAGUACAGAAAAAGGGCCUCCCGUGGUGGUGCAGGUGGUUGCGCGCAGCGCCAUGAAGCUGUCCGCAGCUUCUGCAGUGAAGGUUCGAUCCCGGCCAGCUGGCAAGAAUCCCACAUGGGCCCAGACCUCUCCUGACUCACCCGCUGCUCCCCUCAGCAGUGUAUUUCAGUCGAUCUGCCUGUUGUGUUCCCCACUCUGUCUGUGGUGACUCCUCUCACUCCCCCAUAACUCUGGCCUGUACCCCAGUUCUUGUAUACAUAAGUAAAUAAAUCUUAAAAAAAGAAAA